CCGACUUGUGUAUUUUUUCCCUUCUUCCCGUCCGCCGUUUCUUCUUCGCUGUUCUCUCCUUUCUGUUCUCGUCCUCAGAUGGAAAAGGGGAAGUCGUUGGCCACCGAAAUAACGCCGUCCUUCAAAAAUCUCCAACUCAAUCCACGCCCGAAGGCCGUCUCUUCUUCUCCUCUACCUCAAAAAUCGUUCCCUUUACCAUUGAAGAAAUCUAAGCCUAGAAGGUUAGUCAGCUUAUGUCUUGGAUUCCUUGGGCAACAUCUUGAGGACAUCAUCACAGAUAUAUCAGAGAUUGCCACAGGAUUCCCACCUGAUAUUAAGUUGGCAAUGGUGGCUAUUGCAAGGAGGAGAAAAUUGUUGAAUGAUGAUCGCCUCAUUGUAUUUGCUGAACAUUCUUGGGAGAUCCUAGAUAUCUCUGGAUCUGAUAUCACUGAUUUUGGUCUGGCAACAGUGGCAAAGAUUUGUACUAAUUUGCAAGCUGUUGAUGUUAGCCGGUGCGAUAAGAUUACUGCUGCGGGUGUCUCGGAGCUCAUUUGUCAUUGCCAGUCCUUGGAAAUACUAAGAUGCGGAGGAAGCCCAAGGAGUGAUUUUAUGGCUCGUAGAUGCUUGAGUCUCUUGAAACCCAAGUUAAAUGAUGUUGAAGAAGAUUCAUGGGAAGAAUUAGAUAGCAUGGACAUUUGCAGUGGUGCACAAUCAUUGCGUUGGCUUGUAUGGCCUAAGAUAGAUGAGGAUUCAAAAAUGAGCUUGGCCACUGAAUGCCCUCGAAUCAUCAUUAACCCAGUUCCAUCACCCAUUGGCUUCCGUGGGCUACAAGUUCCAGCUGAAGCAUCAGCCAGUGUAGCUCUUGAUCAUUCUAUAGUUGAGGACAUUGAUCCCAAAACGUGGGCUGUUUCAGGUGCUGCCAGGAGGUCCAUUGAUCCCCCUUCUCUAGAUGACACCCCUGAACUACCCAUGGCAGAGAGGUUCAGGCUUGCAUAUCUAGAGAGGGAUGCAAGAUUGACUCCCAAGAGAGCAAAAAAUGCAAGACAACACAGACGACGUGCAGAGAGGGAUUAUUUGAUGAGUAGCACGAAUGCGAAGUCCAUUGCCCUAGCAUCCCAGGCUAGUAAAUUCUUGCACAAUUGAGGCUGAUAUACGACCAGUAUCUAUACUAUUCUGAUUCCAAAAGUUCAUGUAUAUUGAUUGAGUUGAAUUUUAUGAUGAGUGACCACAAUUGACCAUUUCACAAGUCCACUGUUCUGGUUUUCUUUUUCUUUUCUUUUUACUUUGUUUACAUGCCUAGAUUUAUGCUAUAUAAGAAGAUCGAGUCUAUAUUUUUUUAUCAUA